UCAAAUACAUUGAAAAAAAAAACUGUAACAACAAAUGAACUAAAAGAAAAACCCUUUGUCUCCCUAAUCCUCUUGAGCUCAAUGAAGGGGCAAUCUGCAGAGAGGAUCCAAUCAUUGUUUCCUGUUUUAUUAGCUUCCCUUCUUGUUUUAGGAACAGCACAAUUAGUGUUUGAUAGCUUGAAGAGUGGCAAAAGCUAUGUAUUUCAGUACUAUGGCAAACCGGAGAAGCUGAGGAAAUCGGUUUUUGUUUUACCGGAAGAUCGGAUGGAUGAAAGCUGCAACCUGUUUGAAGGGAAAUGGGUUUGGGACAAUGUCUCAUAUCCUCUUUAUGAAGAAAAUAGCUGCCCUUACUUGGUUAAACAAACAACUUGUCUAAAAAAUGGCAGGCCCGAUUCUUUUUACCAAAACUGGAGAUGGCAGCCUCAAGCAUGCAACCUACCAAGGUUUGAUCCAUUGAAGCUAUUGGACAUUUUGAGGGACAAAAGGUUGAUGUUCAUAGGGGAUUCAGUUCAAAGAGCCCAAUUUGAAUCAAUGGUCUGCCUGGUACAAUCUGUGGUUCCCAAAGGGAAGAAAUCUUUUAAAAGAGAUCCUCCUAGGAAGAUCUUCAAAGCCAAGGAGUACAAUGCAACUAUUGAGUACUAUUGGGCUCCAUUCAUUGUGGAAUCUAUCUCAGACCAUGCGACAAAUCAUACUGUAUUAAAACGUCUGGUCAACCUUGACUCCAUAUCUAAACAUGGCAAGAGCUGGGAAGGAGUGGAUGUGUUAGUAUUUGAGAGCUAUGUAUGGUGGAUGUAUAGACCUCAGAUCAACGCUACCUACGGAUCCAUGGAGGAUGUUCAAGAAUAUAAUGUCACAACUGCCUAUAGAAUUGCAAUGGAAACUUGGGGGAAUUGGUUAGAAUCCACCAUUAAUCCUCAUCUUCAAAAGGUUUUUUUCAUGAGUAUGUCCCCAACACACUUGUGGAGCUGGGAAUGGAAGCCAGGCAGCCGUGGAAACUGUUUCAAUGAGUCUUACCCCAUCCAAGGUUCAUAUUGGGGCACGGGGUCUAACCUAGCUAUCAUGGAGAUACUUCAUGAAGUUUUACAAGACCUUAAAAUCAAUGUCACAUUUUUGAACAUUACCCAGUUAUCAGAAUAUAGGAAAGAUGCUCAUACGACAGUUUUCGGAGAACGAAGAGGCAAGCUCUUGACAAAGGAACAAAAAGCUGACCCACUAAAUUUUGCUGAUUGCAUUCAUUGGUGCUUACCAGGAGUACCUGAUACAUGGAAUGAGAUUUUGUAUGCAUAUUUGUUGCAGAGUUAUCAAAAUUUUUGAUAACUUUUUUGUAAAUUCAACAGUAUUGCUUGUCAAAAAAUUGGAGAUGAACGUCAAAAUGAUGAUGCAAAAAGGUAUCUCAGCUAUCAAGCUUGAGUGUGAAGAAAUGGUUCAUGUCCACUGAAUAUGUAUGAGAAAAAUAUAUAAAAGAAAUAGGUAUAUACUGAACUUUGAAA